AUGGAAAAGUGCGAUAAACUUGUUGAGAAUAUUAUUCACUUGAAAUGUAUUAAAAAGGAAGAAGGUAUUGGGUUUGAAUGUAUAUCACAGUGCCCUGUCAAAGACCCCUCUCUUCAGACUAUGGUCUUUCCAUUCUGUUUUCCCGAAGGUGAUGCUAUAAUUGAGAAAAAGGAUAACUUAGUCCACGCUGAACUUCAAAUGAACGAGUCUUUUGCGUUCAUUCUCACUGACAUUAAUGCAGAGAGGAGGUAUGUGUACUGUCGAAGAUUUACUCACCACAAAUUUUUGGAAUGUUUCUGCAUUGUUACAGACAAACCAUUCGAGUCAUUAUACAGUAAAAUACUCGAUAAGGCGAUUAUAAUUAGAAAGAUCUCUCUUGCGUUGCUUGGAAAGUUUUUCGAAGACAUCACAAAACAACCGGUGCCUGCAACAAAUGGGAUAGUGACCAACAUCAAUUUCCGACAAAUUCCCUACGAAAUUGUCUCAGAAGAAAACACAAGAAAACGGCACUCAUUUAACGUGAAGAAUUUACUCAACUUGUUUGGAGCAUCGUUUCUGGUCGAUAUCAUAGGCAACAUAAUGACAGAGAGGAAGUUCAUCUUUUUGGGAGAGUCAAUUUCGUUGAUAUCAGACACCAUCAUUGCCUUGACUUCACUCCUCCACCCGUUUGUGUGGCAUCAUGUGUUAGUCCCGAUUCUUCCAUUGCAACUCUCUUCGUACCCGACAGCCCCAAUGCCUUAUUUAAUUGGUGUCCAAAAGAAUUUAUGGGGGUCUGUGAAACAAGAGUGUGAAGGUGGGAUGGAUGAUACAAUAGUGAUUGACAUAGAUAAAGGCUAUCAAGUUGAAGGGUAUGACUACUCACCCGUCUUUAAUUCCGACUCUGCCAACAUACUUCGGUCACAACUUUCAUUACUUCAAAAAUCUGAAGAAGAAUUUGACAAUGAAGAAGUCUACGAAAUAUUUCGAGUCUUUUUUUAUAAAAUCUUCCACAACUACUUUGACUUCUUCAUCCGCAAUUCGGACCAGAAAAUUGUCUUUGACAAAGAGGCAUUUUGUGCACAAUUGAAUGUCUACGACCAAGAGUUUUUUAAAAAGUUUGAGGAAUCACAAAUGUGCUUCAUGUUCUUUAAUAUGCGUGCAAAACAAAAGGCUGAGAACAACAAAAUCGAGGAACUGUGCCCAUUCGCUCUUCCACCAAAGCGCCCAGAAGCCGAAGUCUUGGGGUGCUUCACAUUAAUGACGGAGGUGGCUGACGUCGAGUCAGACCAACCGUUUUCUAUGGCGUGUAGAUAUUGCUUUAUGCCAAUUGGCGGGAAUGAACCGUGUUCUUUACUCCAACCAAACAAGUUGUAUCAUAUCAACUGCUUUAGGUGCAUAUGUUGUGGACGAAUUCUUGAAGGCGACGUAUUGCCGGAUCCGACGCAAUUGGUGUGUAUGUAUUGUCACCUGCUUGAGAGGGAAGAAAUGGACAAACUGGAUUUGGAUUACGUCAUUAAGCGCGACCAAAAGAUGACCAAGAACGAACGAAAAGUCGCUAAGUGUUUGAAGAAGAAAUUUAAGCGAGAGACACUUAAAGAAAAGAAAGAAAAGGAGAAGGAAAAAAUCAAAGAAAAAGAGGAAGAAAAACAGAAGGAGAAACAAAAAGAAAAAGAAAAGUCAAAUUCUUCGGAUUCUAACAAUAACAGCUGUUCAAACAACACUUCAGGAAUGUCAUAA